AUGUUUAGCUGCCUGUGGCAAUUGUGGGACUGGAUUGAUCCACCCACCUUCACGACGAUGGAGAGCAAAAAGCUGCAGCAACUGCAGCAGGCCAACUCCCAUUUGGCUCCGAUGCCACAGAUGAAGGGCCCAUCGCAGCAGGGCCAACACCAUCAUCAACAUUUUCAGCAACAACCCCACGGAGGAGGAGGAGGAGGGUACGACUACGGGACGACAGGCCGGUCGCCGAUGUUCGUCGGGAGUGGCGGUCCCUCGCAGUACCAGAGCUUUGCGACGACGGCGACCAACUUCGCCCAGCUGAACCACCCGUCGGCGGCCCUCCGCUCGCCGUACUCCACCGGAAGCCCCAAGUCGUCGCUCAGCACGAACAGUGGCGGGGUGGCGCUCUACGGUGCGACGGCGGACACGGGGGACCUAUCGUCAGCGAGCGGUGCAACCCCGCACCAUCAUCAUCUGCACCAACCGGGGGUUCAGCAGCAGCAGCAGCAGUACCGUGGCAACAACUAUGCCUUCGAGCAGCAACUGUACCGGGUUAGCUCACCGUCGAGCGGAGGCAGCGGUGGUGGUGGUGAGCGGGAGCGACUGUACCAACGACCGCCGGGCGCUGCCGCCGUUGGCACGCCACAUUCGAUGGCAAGCAGCAGCGCCACCAUCUCCGGUGGCGCCCCGAUGUCGAAGCUUGAGCUGCAGUUUCAGCAGCUGCAGCGCGAAAAAAUCCAGCAGCAGAUAAAAACGGCCACCGAGGCGAUCGCGCACCAGCAGCAAACGUUCGCGCUCCGGCAGCAGCUGAACCCGCCCGUGCCGAACUACCACCUGAAGCAAAACUUGCUACAGAAUCUGUCCCAGCAUCACCAGCAGCAGAUUCAGCAACAGCAACAGCAGCAGCAGCAGCAGCAACAGCAGCAGCAACAACAAGCUCAACAGCAGCAGCAACAGCUGCAGAAGCAGCAAAUGCAUUAUUCUCAGCAGCAACAGCAGCAGCAAAAGCAACAAGCUCAACAACAGCAGCAGCAGCAGCAGCUACAGAAACAGCAACAGCAAAUGCAACAAUCGAUGAAGCAACAGCAAAUGCAGCAACACCAGCAACGGUACACGACGGCGGGCGGCUCGCACCAGAGCCGGAACGUGCCACCGUCGAGUCUGAACCUGAUGAACCACUGCCAACCGGCGGCCACCGAGACGGACAAAAUGCUGCCACGGACGCACGCACCAUCCGCCUCCUACCAGGGAACGCUGGAUCACGCGCACCAGCAGCAGUCGCUCUACAGCGAGGAGGAGUCGCUCUACCAGAAGGGAACCGGUGGCUUCUCGACCGUCGGGCCGUCUCCGAUGGGUGGUGGCACCGGUGGCCCGAACGAGAUCAUCAUCCAGCAGAACAUUCCCGGCCAGGUGGUGAACCAGGCCUGCCAGACGCAGAUCAGCUCGAUGAUUGCAGCCGCGGGCGGGAUGAAGUCGUCCCCCUCGGAUACGCUGUCGAGCCCGUCGCACGAUUCGAUCGAGCGGAAGAAAAGCAGUGGAGGCAGCGGUGGAGGCAGCAGCAGUAGCGGUGGCCAGCAGCAUACGCUCAAGUCGCCGGUUACGAAGCGGCCAGCAAACGCACCCGUCGCACUGUCCGGGUGGCUGUACAAGCAGGGCUCGGAUGGGUUGAAGGUGUGGCGCCGCCGCUGGUUCGUCCUGUCCGAGUACGUGCUGUACUACUACAAGGGGCAGGAGGAGGAGAAGCUGCUCGGCACGGUGCUGCUGCCGUCGUACAAGGUGUCCGCCUGCUUCCCGGAGGACAAGAUCUAUCGGAAGUUUGCGUUCAAGUGCGAGCACGCCAACAUGCGCACGUUCGUGUUCGCGGCAGAGAACGGGGAAGCAAUGAGCCAGUGGGUGCGCGCCCUCACGCUGGCCACGAUGAUGAUCCAGCAGGGCGGACCGGGUGACGCGGAGGUUUCGAUGGCACUCGCGCAACAUCAGCAGCAUCAGCAACCGUACCAGCCGCAGCAACACCACGGCGGGUUGACAAAGGGACAGGGGGAGCUGCUUUCCAGCGACUCGAGUGGAACCGUCGGUGGUCCGCAAGGCUCGCAAGGCUCGAACGACACGAUCAAACUCAUACAGCAAGCGAGCAGCGGAAGCAGCGGAAGUGGUGGCCUGGGAGCGUCCCAUCAGGCGAACGAAAGCAUGCCCUUACCGCAACCGCUCUACGCCAAUGCGCCUCCGAAACCGCGACGCGUGAACGAUGCCGGCUACUCCUCUCCCAGCCCCGAGCACACGAUCCUCCACGAUCGCUACGAGCAGAUGAUGCACCAGCACCAGCAACACCAGAUGGCCACACCCGGUCAGUUCGCGGCGGCAGCGUCAGGCAGCACCGGGCUGCUGGUAAACCGGGCGGGAGGACAAACCAUGCUGACGGCGAACGCCAUCUACGGCGACCCGAAGCGCAUCGAGCGAGACCUGUACAUACAAAAGCUGAUCGAGCAGCAGCAACAGCAGCAGCAGCUCAACGCCACCAAGCAGCAACAGCAGCAACAGGGAAUGCAAGCGUCUCCAAUGCAUGGACAAAUGGCGCGCGGUGCCGGUACCAACCCAUUUCUCUAUCCCAGCAACGAUCGGCGCACGCCGGACACGUACGGUCCGCCGGGAAACGCGGGCAUCGACCCGAAGCACAUGUCCGACUACGAGGACAUCUACAACCUGACGAUGCUGUCCAAGUCGCUACCCUCGAACGCGGGCUCGUCCGGGCCAGGUGAGGGGGAUGGCGCCACCGGCUACAAGCGACCAACGAGUCCCCAGCACUACGGAAGCAAUGGAGCUUUCCCUCCUUUCAAGGCAAACACUACAACCAUGUACUCUGCCAACCCGUUCGAGAACGCUCCAGUGACACCGAUGCAACAGCACGUCCAGAUGCGUGCCCGGCCCAUUCCACCAAACAUUCCCCGGCCACAUUCGGCCGACUUCCUCGACUACGAGACGCGCCAUCCGAUGAACCCGGCGGCCAGCAGCACCAACGAUGAACCGAGCCCGGCCCUCCGAACCCCACGACCAAAGUCGAGCCUCGACAUCAACCGCACGCCAGACCAUUACUACUACUCCGAGGCAAGCUACGCCGAAAAGAUGCGCCUCCAGAGUGCAUCGUACCUGCAGCGGGCGAACAAUGCCGCCGCGUCGUCGACCGGCGUUUCGCGAAAGCAACGAUCCGAUGACGUUCAAGGAUUGUUCACUGGCGGAACGAUGCCCCGGGAUGGAUUGUACCGUAGUGGAAGCGGUAAACUGCUCCCAACGCAACAGCAGCACCAGCAGCAUCAACAGCAUGCGGAAGCCGAUUACCACCACCCGGAGGGUACGCAAAGUAUGCCCCGACCGUCGACCACCGAGCGGCCGACCGGUGGAGGUCGUCCGUCGGUGAGCAGUCUCAAGAAGCAAGGCUUCUCCCAUCAGCAGCAGCAGGAACAGUUUGCCCGCUCGGCCAGCGCCCGGUUGCCGCGCAAGGAGGAGGACGCUUCGCUGCGGGACGGCGAGCGCAAGCGGGAGGAAUCGAUGAAGCGACUGCUGGAGUGGAAGCAACGGAUGCUCCAGUCGCCGCUGACGAAGAAAAUCACUAGCCAGCAUUCGGCAUCGAUGGCUUCGGCCGAAUCGCUAGAUCCGGGCUCGCACGCCAGCCUCAUUGCUGCCGAGCGACGCCAUGAGGAAAUCUACGGGCUGAAGUCGAGCGAUUCCGCACUGCUUCGGGGGGAUUACUACGCGACAAACUACGAACGUCAGUCUACCGGUGACUUGACGGGGGUUGGGACUGUCCGGGGUGGUGGAGGAACGGAGCGACACGGUGGAAGCACGCUUAACAUCGCGCAACAGGCGGCCUACGGCAGCGAGAUGAAGCUGAACGGCGACUACAACAGCUACUCUUCGGAUGAUGAAGAUGGAAGAAAUUUUACGCCGGCAGGAAGGUCGUCCCCAGUCGUUGUUAGUAUCGCCACUUCCGGCAAAGUGGAAGCGGAAGCACCGUCUGUGACCACCGGGGGUACGAGCAGCACGGCCGAGGUUGGCGUUAGAGGAAUGCACGCUGGUGGCGGGGAGGCAGAUCCGCGGCUAAGCAGCAGGACAGGACACAGUAAGCAGGAGCACGAGAAUGAGGAUGAGGAUGGGCGUGAUGAGAAAGGGCAGGCAAAGGUAGCGAUCCUCUUCCCGGCCAUGCUCGGCGAUCGGAGAAAGAAGGCGGCCGAGGCAGAGGAUGAGCCGGAGGGAGUCGAGGACGAGGAGGAGGAUGCCGUUUACGAGGAUAGCUUAGUGAACCACGCCAGCGCGAGCGCAAGCCCGAACCUGAGCGUGGACGCGAAUGUAUAUGAGAACAGUUUCAUAAAGGCGGCACCAAAAGAAGAUAGGAACGAGACGAAGGGGAACAGCUUUGGGAGGGAAAAUGGAAAAGGGUUACCGACGGCGAGCGCCGAACGGCACGAGCGCGCGAAGGAGCUCUUCGAGCGCCAUGUGAAUAGCGGUGGCAAAAGUAGUAGUGGUAGAAUUCCGGGACGGGUGAAAGAUAACCACAGUAGUAUUACAUUCGAUCGCGAUAGCAUUAACACCGGUGAUGGUACGGGCAAUGGUAAGUCCCCCCACCACCCAUCGGUGGGAGGUCAAUCUUUGGGUCAGCGAACGAAAAUGGCCUCCCCCGGGCCGAUCGCAGCGUACGUGCCGGUUUACAAGCAAACAACGCCCCUGAGCGUGGUGGGUUCUUUGCAAAGUAAAUCGAACGAUGUUGAUGAUGUCCCUGCGGAAGCAAACAGUAGCUUGGAUGUGGUCGGGGCGAUCGGGAGGGAAGUGCUGGGGGAAGAAAGUGCCGGCGAGGAUGCCGACGACGAUAUAUUCGAGUACACGGAUGAAGAUUUGGAUGAGGCGUUGCAGCAGCAGCACGACGCCAGUGAGCAGCCUGCGUCGGAGGGCGUGAAUCAGGAGCAUCGAAGGACGGAACCCACGUCCGUCGGGGACCAUCCGCCGUUCGUACGGGAGGAGAUCGAUGAUGAGCUUUCGCUGCAGAUCCUCGAAGGUCACUACAUGCCGAUGACGCCGCGGAAGAGCGUAAUCAGCUCGGCGAACAGCCUCACAACGCUGGCGAUGAUGAACCGAGCGAACAGUAUUAGCAUUGGCAAUCAGCCACCACCGGGGGGCGGCGGCCGGUUACGCCCAUGCGAGAGCCUCACGGCCAUGGACAUCCUCGACUCAAUACAGAAGAGCAGCAACGAGAUGCAGAUCUGCAGCAGCAAUGCGUACGACGAGAGCACGUACAUCGAGAUGACCAAGGGCACGCUGGGGAAGAGUGUGUUUGCGGACGAUCUGCGUGGGAAUGGCGGCGGUGGUUGUGCGACGACCUACGAGAUGAUUAUGGUUCCGCCACCCCUUCCGACAGGAGGUGCGAAGAAGGCGGACGGUGAGCUGUUCGGUCGCUCGACGGCGGAGGAUCAGCGAACCAAGUUGAUCGAUUCGGAGCCGUUGUACAUGGAGCUGUCACAGCUGCACAGCAGCAUAACCACGCUCAAGCAGCACGACGGAAAUGGCCGGGCUUACCUCGAGGCGGAGGAGAAGAUGAAAACGCCGAACCAUAACGUCGAGGGAAAGGAACAGCCGGAGAAAUUCGGUACUAUCGGUCGGAGAAUGAAGAAUGUGAUGGGCGCGGGAGGCGGUGGGGGUGCAUCGGGUGGAGCAACGGGACUGGGGAAGAAGAAGAAAAAGGAUAAGAACAACUGGCCCGACAUCCUGAUGCAGUCGAGCGGCAGUAAUAACAACAAGAGCGAUGACAGCGAUAGCGACUCCGACGUUAUGGCGCUUUCUUCGAAACAGACGAACAACGAUUCAGGCGAGGGCAAACUGCAGCGCGCGGGCAAGAAGAAAGGGGGCGGCGGGAAGGAGAAGAAAAUGUCGACCGGAGGUGGAUCGGUUGCGGCCACGGACCUGCUGUCGGCCAAAACGGCGUCGGCUCGGUCACGGUUUAGCCUUUCGGAUACGUUCCGGCCAGCAUCGUACUAUUUGGGUGCGAGCGGGGGCAGCGGGGGAGGAAGUACAUCGUAUGGUGUCGCUGGCCACGGCACGACCGGUACUGGGAGUGACACGCUGCUCGACAGCUCCGACAGUGAGAUCGUAUCGCCACCACCGAUUCCAAUCUCUUCGCUUCCCCUGGACGAAGCGGAUGGCGGUGCUCGGGGAGACGACCUGGCGGGAACGAUGAUGAUGGCACGGUACGGUAGCCGGGAGCGGUUUCGGUCGAGCGAUGCGAUCGACCUGAUCCGAAGCCACGCGCAGGAGAAACGCCAAUCGGUGCAAAGCCUUCUCGCCGGGUUGGGCAACGGUGGAGGCGGUGACGGCGUCGCGAUAAACUUCCAGGGAUCGUACAACAGCAGAGCGGGGGCGGGUUUACGCCGGGAGAGUGGCAGCAUAUCGUCCAAUCGGUCCAGCAUUAUCUUCGGCACACCGAACCACCAGCAACCGGCGCGCCACGACUCUCCGAGCUUUGUGCACGAUCGCUGCUACGAUGGCGUUUCGAACGCGUCCUCGGAGUACGAGAUUCUGUUGCGCGGGGAAGGGCGCCCCAGUGGUGGCGGUGUGGCGACGGCGGGGACUUCUGCACGCGGGGACGAUUCGUCGACGCGCAGCUCGAUCACGCUCUCGGAGACGAGCGGAUCCAUCGAAUGGCGCAGCCGGUCCUGCAUGGACGUCUCGGUAAGAAACAAACGGAGGCCAAUAUCGGGCAGCUCGAUGAACUGCUCGAUCGAAAUGGCACUCGUGGACGGCACGGGGGGUGGAGUCGACUUUGAUGGUAGUGUGGCCAGCAGUCAGCCGUACGAUCGCGCCGCGGAACUCGAUGACGGUGCUUCCGGCGGCGCCAGUGUUCCCGGUGGUGAGUAUUCGAUGCACUUCCUUAGCACCGCCUCAUCGAACCUGUCCCAGAAUGGCCACGACAACAGUAUCUACUACGAAAACGUAGAGAUCGUGGGUGGUGUGGUGGUGGAGUCGUCUCCCUCCUCCCGGCCACCGUCGUCGGCCGGCGGAACCAUCCUCAGCCCGCUGAGGGAGAAAAACCUAUCCCUGCACGAUGCCCGCUGCCAGUCGGAGUACCUCGGAACGGUUCCCGAGGGCCACAGUCUGGACGUGGACAGUGCGUCACUCUCGUCGGCGAUGGAUCUCGAUCAGCGCAGUUCCUGCACGGUUCGGUUCGAUUACGCACGCUCGACCAUGUCCAACCGGACGAUCACACCGACGGAUGGUGGCGGAACGAGUCGCACGGUCGGUGGGGGAACGACGGCCACGCACAGUCGCAACAAUAGCACCCUUUCGUCCGAGUGCGCACCGUAUUAUUACUCCGAUCUGCAGGCACGCACCGGGGAGGAAGAACUGGAGGAGCGGUCGCAAAUGGAAGACAGUCAACAACAGCGCCAUCGGCGGACGACGAGCAACGAUCGUAGCAACGGUGGUGGAAGUAGCAACGGAAGCUCUCGGGCAGCAUCGGCAGCGGCCAUGGUAUCCACAACGCCGACGACAAUGACCUCACUGCGAGCGGGUGGAGGUGACACGCUGAACAACCAGCGAGACCCGGGAGGCAUACGACGCCAGGCGGCGGGCAUCUUCCACAUCCACAAUCCGCUCACGAACACACUCAAGACGGCCAACCUGUUGGUGCACGCGUCCGCCACGGAGAAGCACGCCGACAUCGAUCGCAAGAACAUCUACGAAUCGGACCGAAUCGGCCAGAAGGAUGUAAACAAAACGAUUGCCGCUUCGCUGGCCUCGUCGUCCGGUGUUGCCAGUGGGUCCUCCACGCUGACCCGUGCCACCUCGUCUUCGUCGUCGGCCGGAAAGGGUGUCGUAAACAGUCACCACCGACGAUCGAUGGGAUCGAUGAUGCAAGUUGGUGAUGAUAGCGGUGACGAUCGGGCACCGUCUGUGUCCGGAUGCAGUAACAGUGGCAACAACAGCAGUAUCGUCCAGCAGCUUCUCGUUUCCGCGGGCCAUAUUUCGUCCGGCGAUCAGCUGUGGGAAGAGGACACCCUUUGGCGUGACAACCUUCGGCGCGUUUCACACAUCCACGCCAAAUCGAUGGACAACCUCGAUCAUCUGGGAGUGGGUGGUGGCUCGGUACGUGCUACACCAUCGGCCGUAGUACUGGCGAAAACGGUCAACUACCACCACCACCAUCACCACCACCAACAACCGGAGCGUACGGGAGACGAUGACAAUGGCAGUGAAGUGAACGCGGAGGUUAAAAAACCGACUGUAAAGAUCAACCGUAAAGAUGUGACGUACGUCAAUGAGAACCUCAUCGCACUGAAGGCCGGUGUUUCGGGCGCUCAAUCACCAAUCGUCACAAAAUCGAUCCUACGUACGUCGACGCCAAGAUCCGCACUGGCAGCGAAUCGGGAUGAGAGCCAGGGACCGGCUAACGCGGGGGACGACGAUGAUGUUUACGUUCAACUGGCCAGCAACGUAGCAUCUGCUGACACGACCGCUCGUGACAGCCGCUGGUCCACGCAUCCGCCACAGUCACAACCGUCGUCCGAUGCUGUGUACGAGGUGCUACGCGACGAAAUCAGCCGGUACGAUAUCAACCGCGAAACGAUCCGUCAGUGGGAUCUCAUGUCCAGCGGGCUGGUGAACAAUGGUUCCACCAACUAUGGCAAGGGUACUAUGGCACCGGGGCAGUCGUACGGGGUCGCCUCUUCUGCGUUCAGUAGCACCGGCGCCGUUGCCGGUGGACCUGGGAUGAAUGAACCUGGGAAGCAGAUGGGCUUGCCUCCAGUUGGCACGAGUUUCUACAACCAACACCACCCGCAGUCGGGCCCAUUCACUAACGCAGCAGACCUACUUACGGUUUCGGUUGAUCCACAGAAUGGCGCACGCUUCAACGCGUCACCCGUUGCCCUUCCGGAACUCUCCAGCAGUGAACCGUCGGAGAGACGCACCAAAGUGCCCAACAAUUCCAAGUACCCAAGCACCUCCAUAUCCGUGCGGAACGUGUUCAACAUUCCCAAGGUGCCGCUGACCGUCAAACCGGACCCAUCGGAUCCAUCCUACCUUGCAGCGGUGGUGGGCAAGCAACACCACCAGGGUGGUGGCUACUAUGACGGUAGCGGUGGUGGAACCAUGAUGCUCGACUAUCCGGGCGGUGAGAAGUACAUCCGGCCGGACAUCAGCUUCGAGUCGACGCACGAUUUGUACACGCAGGCGCAGCUUCAGCGCGCUCAAGAGCUGAACCUGCAGCAGCACUAUCAGCUGCAGAACAUUGACCGCAGCCUGGCGACGAUGCAGGACCAGCAGCACCCGGACGCGUCACCCCAGUCGCCGAUGGUGGUGGGACCGGGGACCGGUGCUCCUUUGACGACGCAUGGCAUGGAUGAAAAGUGGAGCAACAACGGAUCGGCGGUGGCCGCUCUCGGUGUGCAAGGUGGUGGUCUGUACGAUCGUCACAAGCACGGUUCUUCCAGCGAGAUGCAGCCGCUGGAUGUGUCCGCCGGUGAUUUGUUGAAUCGCACGCAUGAAGAAUUGAUCCUUUUGCUGAUUCAACUGCGACGACAAAACAGUCAGACUGCCCGCUCGAUCGAGCAAUGCUGCACGAACAUGCACGCGUUACAGAACCUCAUCCGUACCGCCGAAGGCGAGCGUAAGGCGGACAGCUUGGCGAGGCUGGACGCCCUCAAGCAGCAGCUGACGGAGCUGGAAAAGCAGUACGAGAAGGAGAAACCGUUGAUCAAUCUGGUGGACAACAUGGUCAAGCUUGGCAGUCUGUACCGUGGCCCGGUUGGCGGCAAGAAGCAGCUGCAAUCCCCGGAAUCGGCCACGCUGGAUCGGUUGGAGUUUAACCAGCGCAUACAGGAGCGCCGACUGCUGCAAGAGGAGCAGCGCCAGUGGGACCGCACCAGCCCGAACCACGUCGAGCUGCAGUCCAAAGUGCAACAGCUGUACCAGAUCGAUAAGCUAAUGCAGGAAGAAUCCGGUACGCUGCAGGCACUGCAGCGGGACAAGGAAAAUCUCGAAAAGGCCCUGGCAAUGCUGAAAACGCGCGUGCUAAAUCGCGAGGGCGGAAGUAGUAUCCCGAUGCCGAUGGAUAACGCCCGGCAGCAGCAGCACAACCUGGAACGGGAACUUUCUCGCGUGCAUCAAUUGUUAGCGGCUAACUCAAAGAAAUUAGAGAAAACUGUUUCCACCAACGCCCGCUUGGAGCAGGAAUUACUGGUUCUCCGUCAGAAGCUGCAGGCAACGCGUGAGCACCGUUCCAUGCACUCUGUCUACGAUACGGCCUCGCCGAUGGAUGGUCAGUACGUGACCGGCUCGGUGACGGCCGUGCUGGAGUCUGAGCUGAAGCGGGCUAAGCUGCUCGUUGGCGAUAUGCAGCGGCAACGGCAAGAACUUGGCCAAGCCGUGCGUCAGCUUACCUCCUACGGCAAUGCGGACGUCGGUGGAGGUUCCAUGCAAAUGGAUCCACGGCAUUCGGAACACGGCAACCCAUCGGAGCAACAGCAGCAGCAGCAUAAACGAGAGCAAUCGCUAAAGUCGAAACAUAAGCGCAGCUACUCAUCGUCGUGGGUGGAAACAGAUUUGGAUUCAACGGCAGGAAAGGAUGGUUCGGCGUCGUCGGUCGGGUCGACCGCAGGCCAUCACCGCACGAUGUCCUCUUCCUCGUCCAGCGUGCUGACGAUCGACGAUGAGAUGCAGAAUCUGUUUCUUCCGAGCGGUGGUCGUGCGCACGAACCAUCGCUCGAUGGUGCGGAAUCGAUGGACGAACUGUACGCGAUCGGUGGUGGCGGUGGAGCCUAUGGGUACGGCAAUGGUGCGGCAAUGAUGGCGAUCGACAAGCAGCAGGAAAUCAAAACCGUGCGCAUAGUGAAGCGUGAAUCGGAACGGCGCACCCGCGACAAGGAGAAGAACGAUCGCAAUCUGGCGCUCAGCCUCGAUCAGGUGCUCGAAGAGGAGGCGCAGCUGAUGGAGGACUAUCAGCGGGCCAAGUCGCUGCCACGCGGCUACGAAACGCACGAGCUGUUCGUGCAAGGUCCGGAGACGGAUGGACGCAUGGGAGGAUCGAUGGGCGCGAUCGACAGUGGCCGCCUGAUGAUGAACGACUACUACAGCAGCGUGGUGGCGUCCGCAAAUGGCAACAGUUAUCCCGUGUCGUUGAUCGACCGACAGGCGGACCUGUACACCGGUCAUUUCGAGCCGGGUCUGCUGCAGUCGAAGUACAUCACGAACGGUGCUUCCUCGGGUCGAACGACGACGAUGACGACCUCCUAUCAGGAAGGCAUUAACUAUCCCACCGGGACUACCGGUAGUACGGGGCUGAAGCGAAAGACGGAAUCCAUUCAAAGUCUGAACGCGGCUGGCCCGGAGUUCGAUCCAGUGUUUCAGAGUGAGGCGGCAAAGCAGAUUAUAAACGAAAUGGCCACCGGGGCGGGUGGAAAUGGCAGUAGUGGUGGAAGCAGCAGUAGCACCGGUGUUGGUGGUGGUAUGCUUAUGGCCACUGGCGAAACAAGUGGCGAUUCUUCCGGUUCGGGUAGCUCCCGGGAUGCGAAGCUAGAUGGCACGGCGUCGGCCGGAUCAUCAGCGGCCGGCACUUCCUUGACGGAACAGCAGCAGCAACAACUACUUUUGCAACAGCAGCGCCAGGCUCAGCAGAAUCGCCAACGGCGCGCGGUACCGAAGGAUAAACGGCGCCACCAUACGGCACCCCACCAUGUGAAUGCGAAAUCGAUCGAGCUGAUGCAUAGUGAAAACGACAUGAAUAAAAAUAACGUUAACUGGCGGGCGCGCGAUGAUGUCGAUCUGGAGGUCACGAUAAGACCCCGAUCGAACGCACCGGAUGUGGUACGGUCGGCGCUAGGACCGCGCGAGAAGAUAUCCGAGCACACCAUCGACAAGCUGCUGGCGGCUCCGAGCAAAAUCCUCAUCCCGGAGCGCUACGUGCCGGAGCAAACGCCGGAGCUAUCGCCGGAAGAGAAACGGCGCCGCCAGGAGAAGGUGGAAGCCAUCAAAAAGAUGCUCUCCGACACACCGAUCGGUAGCGGUGCAGCUGGCAAUGAGACCGGUCCGAACCCGGUACCGAACGUGGAGAAGAAACAGCGUGAACAUUUGAUUCAGCUUAACCAAAUCCUGGCCCAACAGGUGAUGCAGAUGAGCAAGAUUGUUGCAGAAAAUUCGUCGGCCGUGCUUCCGUCGAAAAUCAAGCGGCGAAGUGGUGGCGCGUUCGGUGCGGCAGGUGCUUCCGGUAGCAAACCUGUGGACGAGAAGGACAACUACGAGUCAGACCUGGAGGACUACGAUACGGAUUCACCGGCGGAGCCAUUACCACUGUACCAGCAGCGGGAAAACUACUUCACAUAA